AGCGAGUUGUAUUCGGCUCCUCUUUGUGCGCCACUCGCGUGUCACGGAAAACCGCGGCAAUGCUGUUUUUUCAGUAAAAGUCUUCCUUCUGAAGAACAAGAGUGCAGGUUACAAAGGCGUAAGCCAUUAUAAACGCACGAUAACAUGGUCAUAAGUAUGUGAACUCUAUAAAAAUAAUAAAAUCAUAAAAAACAUACAAGAUGCGAAAGUUUAUGUAAAGUUGACAGUCUGCAAGUGUGCGCGUGUGUGUAGGGAAUUUUAGCGCGGUGUUUCCAACCAUGGAUAUAAAAUAUUCGACACACAUCACCGCGUCCCUUAUUUUAUUCAUUGCCAUCACGUAUAACCUCGUGGGCGGCCUCCACAUCACGAAGGUCCAGGUCCCGACGCCCCUGACAGUGGGCGAGGGCGGCUGGCUGGAGUGUGACUGGGCCGACGGCGAGAACAUAUAUGCCCUCAAAUGGUACUUGGGCCUCGACGAAUUCUACCGGUGGACGCCCGCCGAGAACCCGCCCGUGAAGACGUUCAAAGUUCGAGGAGAACCGCUGAAGGUAGACAUCGAAGCCUCUCAUAAAGGUCGAGUGAGAGUGGACAAGGUGACGCUCGACGCUGCCGGCGUGUUCCGGUGCGAAGUGUCCGCCGAAGGCCCCGAUUUCCACACAGAGUCGCACGUGGCUUCCAUGACUGUUGUAGACCUUCCAGACGGAAAGCCGCUGAUCACGGGCCUGCAGGAGAAGUACCAGCCACACGACGAAGUCAGUCUCAAUUGCACGUCUAUCAAUUCACAGCCAAUGGCCGAACUCGCCUUCUUUGUCAACGGGAAACCGGCGGAGAAGUCGUGGCUAAUCCACCAGAAAACCCCAGAAGAACCCGUCACCGGCCUGCAGACCGCCUGGCUGGGCCUGCGCUUCUCCCUGUGGCCAGGCUACUUCCGCAGGGGCGUCGUCAGAGUGACCUGCACGGCGUCCAUCCUCGAGGUGUACAACGACAGCAGCGAGGCCAUCGUCAAGGGCGACCUGCCGCACCACGCGUCCAUCAUGGAGGGGCGGGCCUCCGACUCGGCAGGUUGCGCAGAAACGAGCAGAAACCUUCUAAUUCUGCUUGCUUCACAUUUAGUGCUACUGCACUAGUCGUUCGCUGACCAAGGAAAUAUUCAAAUCAUGGAGGAUAUUCUAAGAUUUGAAAUCGUUGAGUAAACUGAUGGUGAAACGACCGUGGUGGUGUGGGAUGGUGACUGAACGUAAUGAUUAUCAUAGUGAUGGUGAGUCGUACGUCAUGGUGAAAAGGUGACGACUAUUGGUGAGAUAAAUGACACUGGGCAUGGCAUAACGUUGACUGAGUAUGACUCUAGCUCUUAGGGAUAAAAGAUACUGGGCCUUAUUUGUAAUGGCGAAAGGUUGCGGUGAAGGUUUGCCACGAGUGAUGGUGAGACAAAAUGAUAAGCGUAGAUAGCAUGCAUUAUGUUAAAUGAAAAAUAAAGAGAAGUAUUACUGAUUGCCCCAGGAAGCACAGAAGAAUGAUGUUAAGUGAACAUAAAUAUGCUAUUAAGACUGGAAAGUGCUUAAUGACAGCACUGUAUGAAAUCAAACUGAGCAACAGCAUUUCACAGUGCAGCUAGACAUAUGAAGAUUUCUAGGAGAGGAAUGGUGUCUGCUGGAGGAAGAUUUCCAUAGCAACGCAGUGGUUGAACACUACACUUAAUCUCGCGAGCGUCUGUGUGUGAUUGUAGUUAUGUAUUCUUUGUAACAAUAAUAGAUUAAUUUUGUUAUUCUUAUGACAUAAUGAAGCGCCACCGUCGCUAAAAUACUCUGUUUAUGGAAACUUCAAGAAAAUCUUAUUAAAACGUAACUAGGUGUUGAAAGGCAACCUCUCACGUGGUGUUUGUAUGUAUAAACAUCCUUAGUCCAUAAAAAAACUACUAUAUUUGUUUGUGUUUGUUGUAGAGUGUUUGGGGCCUCUAUUGUGACGUUCUGAGGGCCUCUACUUUGGACGCUGUGUAUAUUAUUUCUUUAAGCCAAAGUUUGUCUCUAAGAUGAAAGCAAGUAAAUACAUAAAUAUAUUUAAUGAUAGAUAAGAUAUAUUAAUGAAUAACUUAAUAAACAUUGAAAACGUCAGCAUUCCACCCCAAGAAUAUAUAGCUUUCAUACCUUUUAACAUACAGAGGCGGUAUAUGAAAAAAAAUGUAUCUAAGAAAAAUGUCUUAGCCAGAAUAUGCCCUCUUGCCAGAUGUAUAUAUGCCAUGCAACUUUCAGCUGAACGAUAAAGGCAUAGGCAUAGCGUAAUGUACUUCCCUCAUCCUCAUCAGCGAUACGUUUUCAAGUGAAAACAAAUCUCCAUAACUCUAUUAGUUCCAUUGACAUUUUACAGUAAAAUAUACUUUUUUAUUUAUUUAUUUUAUUCUGUUUUAUUUAUUUAUUUAUUUUUUUAGAUGGGGGUCUCUUUUGCGGAUUAUUUUCAUGUUUAGUGUUUAAGUUACGUGGUUUUGUAAGGGACAAAAUGAUAGUGACGAGCAAAAUUUGUGAUUCUAGGUGAUAGAAUGGAAUAUUAUGGUGGUAGUAAUUAUGGUAAUGAUGAGGAAUAUGUGCUUGUGAUGAGCAUGAUAAUAGCAACGUUGGUGAUAGUGGCGAUAGCGAUGACAGUGGAUGAUAAAGUUUAGAAUUCUCAUUAGUAGUGUUUGAUUAAGUUGAGUACUGAUCAGAUUUAUAUUCAUACAGUUCAAAUAUACUUUACAGUAAUAGCUACAUAAAGAAAUGUAGCUUUUUUAUUUCUACAUUAAUCAAUUGAUAAAAAAUUGAUAGCUUUAUGCACACACACAUACACACACACACAC